AUGACUGUUAAGGAGUGUGAAGAGCGAAUUACACAGCUCGAUAGUUCGUUGGGAGAACUCCGUGGAGAAGUCGCAGCAAUCAAGGUGGGCUGUCAGGAGAUGUCGACACGAUUAGGGUUUAUGGAGAAGCAGAUGACUGGAAUUACAAAUAUUCUCUUGCGACUCGAAGCUCUUGCCUUCUCGGGUCAGGAUCGUGGCAAAGGCACUACUUCAUCAUCGUUUGAUUCACCUAAGGUAUCUAUUCCUCUUCUCGACCAUGGAACUUCAUCACUAGGUUCUUCCGGAAUUUCUAGUUCUGUGGAAACUCAUGAUAGUAUGUUGAAGAAGAUUGAUAUGCCUGUUUUCGAUGGUCGUUUACCUUUUGCGUGGAUCUCUAGAGCUGAAAGAUUUUUUAGAUUGGUAAAUUGUAAUACUGAUGAGGAGAAGCUAGACAUUGUUUCGUUGAGUUUAGCUGGUGAUUGUCUCACUUGGUACAAAGAGGAGUUGCCCAAGAGCUACUUCACGAAUUGGCUAGAGUUUAAAAAAGUCUCCUUGCUCGAUUUGCACCAGUCAAGAGUCAAUCUAGAGCAGAAGUGA